UCCGAUACUGCUGUGUACUUUCCCGGCAGUCAGAAGUCUCCUGCCGAGGAUCGAAUGUGCGUCGAUAAGGCCGACGGAACGAUUAAAGCCCUCUAUCACGCAGCUAAUUAAUUAGAACCGGAGAUUGCAGGCUCUCGAAAAUCCUAUUUUCUCGGGAAUAGGACCCGACGUUUCGAGCAGGAGGGAUACAUCGGACACCGAGCUAUCUGAAAUCUCAUUUGGGAUACCGUCGGAAAUUGAACGCUCGGAUCGUGAUGGAGGAGACGACGCUACCGACCUUCUCGUCCGUGUUUUCCAGCGCGUCGAACGAAGCCUCGACGAAGGCCGACGUGGAGGACAUGGUGCAGCAGUGGCUGGAGAACGAGGCGUUACCGGGCUUUCGCAUCUGGCAGCUCGCCGGCAUUGUUCUCUCCGCACUGCUGAGCAUCGUCGUCGGGUUGUGCUGUUGCAUCCGCUUCCGCGUGCCCCGAACGAAGCAGGAGAUCGAGGCGGACUACAUUCGCAAGAGGAUCACCAAGAGCUUCCGGAACGAGCUCUCGAAGAUCAGCAACACAGAGAUGGACGAGAUGGAUCUGCAGAAAGCUCUGGACAGAAUUCGAAACGAGUACAAGGGGGACACGUCCGCGUUAGCGAAGGAGUGCGCGGAAAUGGCACAGCGGAGGGGCUUUCAGUCCAGAUUUAACGCCUUGCUCGGUGGGAUGCGUGUGCGUAUCAGUCAACACGAGCACGUGGAGUCGAAUAUCACGAUCUAACGACGGCGGUUUGUCCCCUCGAUGUCCUGUGCGAGAGGGUUGAAACGAAUUCCUCUUGAGUGUACGCUGCCAUAAUUUUCGCAUAUUAGUCGCAUAUUAAUUAUUUUAGGGAUGUCAAGGGAACAGAGCAAGAGAAGAACAAGAUGUAUGAAAGUGAAUAUAAAUAAAACGUAUCUCUCCUGAUGGAAAUGUCUUAUUGAAAAUAGUGAAAUUUCGUGCUCAAGUAUAUUUGAAAAUCUCUCGCAAGUCACCCUGUUUCAUUAUCAUUUUAUCAUUGUUUCAGUAAAAAUUUUGUGAAUUUUAUAAUUUUUUUUUAUUACUUUACAACAGUACAUUUUAACUUUUCUUCUUUCACAGCAUUGCAUUGAAUUUUAUAAGGAAAAUUAUGAUUCGUUUUGAUUUCAUAAUACUUUCAACAAAAUAUUUCCAUCCGAGUUCUCUGAUA